AUGUCUCGACUCAUUGACCUGCUGCCAGAACCGGCCUAUGUGCGGGAGAAGAAAGUCAUCGUGACGAGCAGGAGUCGUUCCGGAACCUUUUCCUUGUACCAAGCCCUCCAGAUGCUGGGGUAUCGACCGUAUCACAUGUACGAGGUUGUUCAAUCGACAGCACAUAUGGGAAUCUUCGAAGAGGCACUGAACGCGAAAUAUUUUGGUGUUGGCAAGCCGUACGGCAAAGCAGAGUUCGACAAAUGGUUUGCUGACUACGAUACACUUGUGGAGAUCCCGGCGUUCUUCGUCGAAGAGAUCAUUGCAGCUUACCCCAACGCGACCUUCAUCCAUGUCGAUCGCGAUGUCGACAAGUGGGCAACUUCUGUGACAAACAUCCUGGGAACCGUGGAACCGCUUCUUGACGCGAUAUCGAUGAAGCUCAUGGCUACAUAUGAUCUGUUUAUUCGAAGAUACCUCUCUUUGCAUGUCAUGCUCCUGCGUGUCCUGUACCACGAGCGCAAAACCAGCGACCCGGUGGGCAGGAAAAUGAUGAAGGAUGAUUACUUGGCACUGACUCAUCAAGUGAAGAGACUUGUUCCGAAGGAUAACCUGUGCUAUUUCUCGUUGGAAAAUGGUUUUGGAUGGGAACAGAUCUGCCCUCAUCUUGGCAAGCCAAUCCCAGACCAACAGUACCCUCGAGGCAAUGCACCGAAGGAGUUUAACGACCUCACGAUGAGGCUCCUGGGCCCUUCUUUCAAAAAGGCUGCAGCAAUCGUGAUCACAACAGUAUUGGUUCCCAUCGUUGGUUUCAGUGCUUGGAUUUACCGGUCGUGA